GGCGGAACAAACCGGUGUGCGCGGCUACAUGCUGUAAAGCUCUCGUCCGCACUGCAGAUUAUUAACUCUUAGCCUGCCGGGAGAUGCUUGAGGACCAGAAGGGAAGCGGCGUUCCCGGUUUCUGUCUUCUCUCUGAAGGACGCAGGGAUGCAAGAACAUGAAAACAUGUGCGAAUCAUCACAUGUUGGAAUAAAGCAGGAACCAAACAGAAACGCUUCUUCUCCAUCCAUGGCGACGGAGGUUGAAGACUGUGGAAUUUAACUUGACCCGGAAGCCUACACGGGCGUUCCCAGAUGCAGAACGUCCUUGACCAAAACUUAGACAUGGCGACUGCUCUACUAGCUGGUGAGAAGCUGAAGGAGCUUAUCCUGCCCGGAUCAUCUCAAGAUGAAAAAGGAGGCGCCUUGGCCGGUCUGAUGGUGCAGCUAAAACUGGAGCUGCCGUUUGAUCGGGUUGUUACCAUAGGAACGGUGAUCAUCCCCAUCCUGCUGGUCACACUUGUCUUCACCAGGAACUUUGCAGAGGAGUCCAUAUACUGCUACACCCCCCACAACUUCACCCGAGACCAGGCGCUGUAUGCAAGAGGCUACUGCUGGACAGAGCUGCGUGAUGCUGUACCCGGUGUGGAGUCCAACAUCUGGCCUUCACUAUUUGAGCACAAGUUCCUCCCUUAUGCUUUGUUAGCCUUUGCCGGAAUCAUGUACAUCCCGGCUUUGGGGUGGGAAUUUCUUGCUUCCACUCGUCUCACAUCGGAGCUAAAUUUCCUGCUUCAAGAAAUCGAUAACUGCUAUCACCGAGCAGCUGAAGGCCGUGCGCCGAAGAUCGAGAAGCAGAUCCAAUCAAAAGGACCUGGCAUCACCGAACGGGAAAGGAGAGAAAUCAUCGAGAACGCAGAGAAGGAAAAAAGUCCGGAGCAAAAUCUUUUUGAGAAGUACUUAGAGCGACGAGGGCAAAGUAACUUUUUGGCUAAGAUUUACCUAGCACGCCAUUUAGCUAUUAUCUGCCUGAGUUCGAUCCCCAUUUCCUACCUGAGCGCCUACUACGCGCGACAACGGCAAAAUGAGUUCACAUGCGCCCUGGGCGAGCUCCCGGACAUCAGUAGCUACCCGGAGCUUAAACUGCGUGUCAACUGUAAGCUACCGGCUGUGCAGCUCCAGCGAAUCAUGGCCGCCGUGGACAUCGCAUUGUUGUGCACCAUGAACCUCAUUAUCCUGCUUAAUUUGUUGCAUUUAUUUGUGGUGCGGAAGUCAAACUUUGUGUUUGACAAAUUGCAUAAAGUUGGCAUCAAAACACGGCGGCGUUGGCAAAAAUCUCAAUUCUGCGACAUCAACAUCCUGGCUAUGUUCUGCAACGAGAACCGAGACCACAUCAAGAGUCUUAACAGGCUGGACUUCAUCACGAAUGAAAGCGACCUCAUGUACGAUAAUGUGGUACGGCAGCUGCUCGCUGCUCUUGCGCAAUCCAACCAUGACGCAACACCCACCGUGAGGGACUCUGGGAUUCAAACAAUAGAUCCAAACAUGGAUCCUUCUGACCUCGGAGUGGGAGAGAUGGCGUCGGAGCCGCUGGUCAUCAAACGUCCCCGCAAGAAGAUUAAAUGGAUCCCGACCUCCAAUCCUCUCCCGCAGUCGUUCAAAGAACCUCUUACUUUGACACGUUUGGAGAACAAUGCCAAGCCUGAAAAACCGAAACCACUCCGACGGAAGACUGUAGCAGACAGCUUCAUUGCCCCCCUUCUGGAUAGCAAGAGCACACAACAUCCUGCAACCAAAGAUUUAAGUGGGAUGGAGAAAAAGCACACUAGGAACUUCUCCCUGGAUGUUCACCCGUACAUGCUGACCAUCCGUAAACCCAAAGUGGAGACCACAACCGCAGACCCCCUGCCCUCAGAGCACAACAUGGACGCUGUAUACCUUGAAGGCACGCACACUAUUGUUCAUGUUUCUGGUGCAAUGACAGAAACUAAAGUUUGCUCUCCAGAAUCAACCACCACUGCCUUUUCCACAGUCACCCUCCCCACCAGCACGUUCGUAAACGGCGGUAGCCCGAAUUUACCCUCGAGCGAGGACCGUCUUAGCCCCAAACCCUCUCCUCCUCCGCGGGAGCCCAUCACACAGACAGAGAACCUUGACUCUCAGCCCCCAAGUCUCACCAGAGCCCCUACACACCAGCUGCUAAGCAUUCAUCAUACGCUCUUCGAGGAAGAAGAAGAUGAGGAAAACCGUAGAGGGCGGCUGGCAGGGCGACCCGGGGAACUCAUUGCUGCGGGGGAAUGCUAAAAUGUCCUCCUUGAAGUGGUUCCACUCCCCAACACUGUUACUCCACUCCACUCCCAUCAUCAAGGAAGGGAUCACUUUCAUUGGAUUUGACUUUCGACGUGACGGAAGAGGUGGGCGGAUACGCAGGAAAUGAUGUCACACUCAUAUCUCAGGAUGGCUGUGUUCAACUAUCACCCACUAAUGAAACCAGCAGUCAUCAACUUCAACAGGGUGCUAGUUAGACUGAUGAAACCAAUAUCGAUAUGGGAGUGAGAGGUCUUUCUAAAACACAUAUCUGCAUAAAUUACUGCGGUAUGUUUUUGUUUGUUUUUUUUUUUUAGUUUUUUUUUUUUUUAAAAAAGGGUUAAAUACAUAUGAUAUAACUUUGUCCCUUUACUAGAAGUAGACAGGUAGUUCACGCAAUACCGUCAUUGAGAUCUAAUAUGAAGUAAUAUGCAAAAGAUCACAAUAUAUUUGUGGCAAUAACGUAUGCGCUUACUACAUAGUACUGUAUAUGACCAUGCUAUUCCUUCACAAAUAGAUUGUGAUUGACAGAUGAUGAUACAUCCUGCACGCCAUUAAUAAUACGUGGUUAUUUUGUAAUCGAGAAAGAGAAAAAUGCUAAGUGGAAUAAAGUUUGAAAGUAUUUUUUUUUUGUGAUGAUGCAACAUACUUGGAAUUUAGCUAUAUAAGUGUAUUUCACUACUAUAGGGGUACUAGGAUGGUAUUUGGAUCACCGGUUCAAUUAUUUCCUGGUAUUCAAUAUAAAAGGAAAUUAAUAGAGCGGUAUGCAACAUAUGUUUUUGUUACCUAACCUUAAAUUGUUCACUACAUUCAGCCUUUUUUCCAUAUUCAAAACAUCUACUGUAUUAGCAUUGUUUUUUUUUUUGUACAUUCAGGUACCGGUAGGGCUACAUUAGCACUUUAUACACUAGAUAUAGUGAUAAAUAAAAAGGACUGAAGUUAUAAAGCAACAAUCUACUGUAUAAGACACAAAUCUUAGCCAGUAAAUUAAUGACAUUUUGUUAUUGAAGGCUGUUGUUUCCACUUCAUGUUUGAAUUAAAAUAUUAUUAAUAAUAUGAAUGAUCAAAAAGCACUUUAAUAAUAAAAAAAAUUGUUGCACGAGUCACAAUACACCGAGUUAAAAAAAGUUUUUGUGCAGAGGUGAUUACAUUUAGAGACUGUAAAGUGUAAAAUGUUACAUUGAAAAUA